AUGCCUCCGUCAGAAAGGGAGACUUGCCAGGCAGUCCUGGGGUUCGUCCUCGAUGGGAUCUAUCCCGAAGAAGCGUUGGUCGCGGCCGAGUUCCCCGCAUCAGCUCUUGCAAAGGAAUUGGAGCUGAUCUCCCAGGCACGGGAACAGGUGGAGAACGAGAUUAGCUCACUCAGCCGCGAGAAUCAAAGUUUCGACGCCGAUGACUGGAUUGUUCAAGCUAAAAAACUACAUGAUGAUAUCGAAAAGUCGCGGCAGACUGCACGCGAAAUCGUUGCGCAGCACGAGCAAACAGGCCCUUUGCGAUCACAAGUGGAAGAUGCAACUGCCAAAGUGUCCCUGAUGGAGACUGAGAUCACUUUCAAUCAAGCAGUCGCUGAUACUCUUGAGGAUGUCCAGCGACUCUGCGAUCAAUUGGACGAUGGACGGCAGGCGCUUGAUGCUGGUGAUAUGGGUCGCGCAAUUGAGCUUUUGGAUUCUACUCAAUCAGCAAUGGGAGAGGACACCUUCUUCACGAACACCAAUGUCAUGAGCAUCUUUUCUCUUGAAACCGCCCGAUUCAGGGAAGAGGUUGAAAACAAGUUGAUUUCCCGCUGGAACGAACAGCUCAAGGUAGACCGAUCGAGCGGCACUUUCGAAGUGGCGCGAGACAUUGACACAGGCUCGCUAGGCGAGACGAUAUCGUUCAUGUCACAGUUGAAUGUCCUUGAGCAUGCGCGCAAGAACCUGUUAAAGAGCAUUGGCAGUACAAUUUUCGAUUCGCUAAUUCUGCCCCGGGAUGAUGGAAAGGUCCGGACGCUAAGCACCACCGGCAAUGGGCUUAAGGUGACCCCGGGAUACUCAGAAGGAAGCGUUGCAGCCGUUUUGAGUCAGACGAUGAAGGCUUUAGCAUUUUUGCGGGAAAAUCUUCCAUCUGAAAUACUGAGCGAGCUACCAGAAUCCCUGAUACCUUUCAUUGUAUCCAACUUGAUCGUCAAGUGGCUGGGUCCCACCAUUCCUACUACUCUUGACGGGCUAGUAGAAUUCGAAAAGACUCUCGAGGAUAUCCACAUCUUUGCUCAGAAGGUACAAUCCUGGGGCUGGCAGGGUACCGAAGAACUUACUUCAUGGGUCAAUCAGGCGCCUCGUCUAUGGCUUACGAGACGCCGGGUGGACUCGCUUGACAGUGUGCGUAAGGCACUUGCUGCCAGUAAGGGGACUACCAAGCAAGUUGAACGCGUGGAAAAAGAACAAGUCUCGCGGGCUGAUGAGGUUCUGCUCGAGUCGGGCACGGAUGAUUGGGAUGCGAGCUGGGACGAUGAUAAGGGCGAAGAUGAGAAGGAGCAGGAUGCCCUGUCCAAGCCUGCCAACACUAUUGGAAUCGAGGAGGAAGAAGAUGUCAGCGCCUGGGGCCUCGAUGACGACGAAGAUGCCGAUGAAGAAUCAGGAAAGCCAAUUCCGGACACCCUGGGUACAGCAGACGAUGCCGACAAUGACGCAUGGGGAUGGGGUGAUGAAGAAGUGGAGGAUCAGGAUCUGAAUCAGCAUGGCCACCAUCUUGCCGACGACCCAAGACAAUCGAAAGAAACUUGUGGAACCAUACAAUCCGCUGGAUCUAGAGAAAUGACUUUGAGAGAGGUCUACACAAUUACCGAUAUUCCGGAAUCUAUGCUCGAAAUUAUUCGCCAGCAAGUCAACGACUCGAAGGGAAUCAUGGACCAUCCAUAUUCCGAGUCACGGGUGGCAUCCUCCGGCAAUGGGCUACUAGCGCUGCCAACUCUGAUCCUGGCCAUGUUCAAGGCUACUGCUUCUUCGUUCUACUCUUUGAGACUCGCGUCUGGUCAAAUGUAUCUGUACAAUGACAGUCUGUAUUUGGCCAGCCAAGUCCGGGAGCUCAUGGAUGAGCACGACCUUGCCAGGCUCAGCUCUGAUGUGGAAGCGCUGGAGAAGUUUGGCAAGCUCGCGUAUAGCAAGGAGAUGCAGACGCAAAGCACGAUUGUCACUGAUCUCCUCGACGGUGCACAAGGCUUUGCACAAUGUUCGGAACAGCCAUUUAAGGCUGAAUGCGAGAGCGCUGUGAGCGCAGCUACAGAUCGCAUUCGUGACGUGUAUGCCGAGUGGAAGCCUAUCCUGUCACAUUCUGCCCUCGUUCAAUCAAUCGGGUCUUUACUGUCUACGGUGAUCAGCAAGAUCGUGGUUGAUGUUGAAGACUUAGGAGAUAUCUCCGAGGAUCAGUCAAAGCAGCUUGUUGCGCUGUGCAAUCAGGUCACCCAACUUGAGGAUCUUUUCACGCCCGAUGCGGUUGGGGAUACGGAUCCUUUGCCUGUCACUGCGGUUUACGUCGCCAAUUGGCUCCGCUUCCAGUAUCUGAUCAAUAUCCUUGAGAGCUCUCUGGCAGAUAUCAAGUAUCUCUGGCUUGAGGGUGAACUGGGACUGGAAUUUUCCACCGAGGAAGUGGUGGAUUUAAUUGAGGCACUGUUCGCGGAAUCUGAACAUCGCCGACGUGCGAUCGCAGAAAUCAAGCGUGCUCCCCGAGGCCUAGGAAACUAG